UCACAACCGCAGACCACAUGUAACCACGCCAAUCCAGGAACUCCACAUCUGGCUUCUUCACCCGCAAGAUCAUCUGAGACCAGUCACCCGGACGGACAGCUGAUUGCUGCUCUGACCAAAGAACACCGGACCAAUGAUAUUCGUCAGUGCAGAAAAGCUCAGGUGAGUGACCAUGGUGCAGCACUAUGAUGGUCUGUCCCACUGUAAGCUGGCCCUGGCGUUUGCCAUACUGAUGGACCUGCUAGGUGUGUCUGCUCUGCUGGUGGGGGUCUUUGCCCCAUUAGAGAUUAAGGGACAGGACUUUGGGGACCUGUUGGUGUACUCUGGGGCUCUACUGAUGCUCAUGUCCCUGGGAGGAUGGGUCAUGUGGUACAGCGGGAACCUUGAGGGCCUGACCUCCAGGAAGGAGCUAGGGGGAACCAUGGGUGCCAUGGACCGGCUGGCCCGCUCCCUCAGCCGCAGGAUACGACUCCCCAGGAGCCACAGCAGCCCCUCAUGAUGCUUCAUGGUCAGGCGUAGGAGAAGGGCGUGGUUGUAGGGGAGGAUCCUCAGUGUCUCCAUUAGACUAUUGGCCCCUGAUAGUCAAACUGCCUGGGGGUCUGGGAGCAGUAUUGUUAGCAUUGAGGGAGUGCUAUUAAAUGAACCAGGCUAUGGCCCCUGAUGUGAACGGGCAAAAGCGGGGUUGGGAGGAGUGCCCUUCUCAAAUCAAACAGUAAUAUGUGCCGUUCGUUCAUGUUGAGGGAGCCCGUUUCCAAAACGAAUGUAAUCAAUGCUAACCCGCUUCACCUGGGGCAGGAAUAAGAUUUAAGAGACAUUUUUUAUAGAACUCCCUCAUUCUUUUUUUGUUGUUGAAUUUUUACCCCUUGUUCUCCCCAAUUUCCUGGUAUCCAAUUGUUGUAGUAGCUACUAUCUUGUCUCAUCGCUACAACUCCCGUACGUGCUCGGGAGAGACGAAGGUUGAAAGUCAUGCGUCCUCCGAUACACAACCCAACCAGCCGCACUGCUUCUUAACACAGCGCACAUCCAACCCGGAAGACAGCCGCACCAAUGUGCCGGAGGAAACACCGUGUACCUGGCAACCUUGGCUAGCGCGCACUUUUACACAGGAGUCGCUGGUGCGCGAUGAGACAAGGACAUCCCUACCGGCCAAGCCCUCCCUAACCCGGACGACGCUAGGCCAAUUGUGCGUCGCCCCACGGACCUCAGUGCCUAGGCGCAAACCCAGGGUCUCUGAUGGUACAUCGCCCUUAACCACUGCGCCACCCGGGAGGCUACUCCCUCAUUCUUUAACCCAAGUUCCACCGCCUCCACAGUGGAAGAGACUUACAUACUGCUACUUCACUAGUGUCAAUUGCAAGAUGUAAAAACAGUCGGUCAUUGCUUUUUAUUGUGACUUGACCUUUGCUGAAACACCUCCGGUAGAUAACAGAAAUUGUACAGACUGUCUGAAUAGGAUUUUAAACGAUCAAGCAUGGAGGCUAUUCAUAGUUCACUUGGUUGGUUUGUUUAGGCUUGAAUCUGUAAAUAAUUGGUCUUUGUUGUGUUGUCGUUUUCUUUGAAUUAUAAUAGGGUUUGUAUUAAAUUAUAAAAUUGUAUUAAAACUAUAAAAUAACCUAC